UUUUUUUUUUUUUUUUUUUUUUUUUUUUACGAUUUUAUUAUAUUCCCUUUAAUGAAAAAAUGCGAAAUAAGACUGUAAUAUCGUCCGAUCCAUUAUGUCCGACAAUAAAUCCGAUUUUUUCCCCAAUAUUUUAUUUUUAAAAAAUCCGAUUUUUUUUAAAACAAAAAAAUCGAUUUUAUUAUAUUCCCAUUAAUGAAGAAUGCGAAAUGAAAUACUGUAAUAUCUUUUGCACACGCGCACAUCCGAUAUUAGUCUAUUUAAAUCUACAAGGUUGAAAAAAUCCCACGCAAAACUUUUAAAAUCUCGAUCUUGUUUUCACUAGAGAGAACUAGUCGGGUUUUUAGAUCUAUAGUGAAUGAUUGCGCAUCAAUUUCGUUUUGAAGAUCUAGAUUUAGAUCUAGAUCUAGUUUUGUUCUUUUAUUUUUUUUCAUGGAUUAUUUCUUUGCGUGCAGUUCGCGCAUUAAAUCUUUUCUAGAUUAGAUCUACUAGAUCUAGUUUAGUUUCGUUUUCUUAUGCUGACAUUGUGUGAUCUUGUUCAAAGUUGUUUUUAAAAUGUCAGGCAGUGACGGUAGUGUUAAAAUUAAAAUAGUAAACAGAGAAAGCGCUUGUAUAAAACAAAUUGACAAAAAUGUCAAGAAUAAAUUUAAAUGGGUAUGGAUGGAGGAGAAAGAUUGUAUGGGCGACUUUCUUUCCAGCUAUAUUAGGAAAUUAGAAGAUCCUGGGGUCGCCUGGUGCAUCAUUUGUAAAGAAAAAAUAAAGUAUGGUUCUGCUGGGAAAAAAGUUAUUAAAAUUCACGCAACUUCUAAAAAGCAUCAAAGUACAAGGUCAACUCUUAAAUCUUCAAGUAGCCUCCCAGCAUUGUUUCAAAACAGAAAAAAUCUUGAACAGGCAGUGACUGAGCCAAUACAAACUAUCUAUGGUUUAGCACCUAAUGUUUUACAAGCCCAGUGUUCUACAUUGUGUAAUGAGCCUGCAACAGCUGUAUAUGUAAGCAUGAAAGAUAGGGUGUCACACCAGGAAGCCUUACUAUGUAGUUUUAUUGCUGAGCAUUCUCUGCCACUUAGCAUUGCUCCUCACUUGGUUGCUCUAGCUCAAGAACUCAGCAGAGAUUCUAAAGCUCUGUCACAAUUGUCUAUGGAUAGAAAAUCUACAUCUUACAAACUUCGAGAUGGACUUUCUUCUGUGUUUCACAAAAGAUUAGUUGCUGAUAUGAAAAGAUAUCCAUUUUCACUCAAUCUGGAUGAAGCAACCAGUCAAGGAAGUAAACAACGGAUUCUCAACAUUUUGGUAUCAUUUUUCAAUAAGGAAGAAAGUGUAGUACACCUCUAUGCCUCAAUUCAUUUAACUACAGUAAAUGCAACCACUGUUUACAAUGCUGUUAUGCAGCAGUUCACUAAAGAUGACAUUCCAGUUAGUAAUUUAGUUUCAUGUCUUACUGACUCAGCUAGCUACAUGACUGGAUGUAAACAAGGUUUUUUAACUAAGCUAAAGACCAUUGCUCCAAAACUUUUAGAUAUUGAUAAUGAUGUUUGUCAUCAUGUCCACAAUAUUGUGAAAUUGUUUUGUCAACAUUUUGAUAAAUUUGUAGAAAAUCUACUUGAUGAUCUUCACACUGAUUUCAAUUUUGGUAGUGACCUCAAUUCUUUCUUAGAAGACAUAUCAUUAUCAUUAGGUAAAAAGUAUUACAGACCAAAGGAAAGAGUUCCACAUAGGUGGCUAUCUGUAUUGGAUUGUUCAGUAGAUCUUGUUGAUAACCUAGAACCUCUAACAGUUUUCUACUAUGCCUGGCUAAAAGCUGAAGAUAAAAUGGCUUACAAUAGUGUAAUUAUUAAUAUUCUUAAGAAUAUUUCUAAAGACAGUAGAAAAAAUAUUUAUUCAAUUUUGUCUUCUUUGAGAUGUAAAACAUUAACACCUGCAGGAAAAGCAAGAAAAGUUAGAAUUUAUGAAAAAUUGUUUUUCUCUAGACCUAAACUGGACCAGCUUUUAAAUUUGUAUUUGGGAGUCUUGCCAUUGUUUAAAUCUUUUAUAUUGUUAUUUGAAUCAAAAGAACCAAGAAUUCAUCUGCUUUUUGAUGAGCAAAUUCAACUUAUCAAAAAUUUUUUAAUUUGUUUUGUAAAACCUGAGACAGUUAGAGAUUUUGAUUUUUCCAAAGUAGCAGAUUUUGAUUUAGACAAAGAUGUUUUUUUAAACUAUUCAUUACUGUAUACUGGACAAUCUAAAGUAAAUGUUUCAGAAAUGUUUCUCAAUCAGCUUUUAGUGGCAUACAAAGACUGUGCCAAAUAUAUGUUGCAAAAGUUUGCUUUAAAAAAUAAAACUCUUAGAUUACUCAGGGCAAUAAACCCUGGUACAGUUGGACACUCCCAAAAUAUGAAGAUGUUGUGCCAACUAGCAGAGAAAAUGCCAUUUUUUAACUGUGAAGAAGUUGCUGCUGUUCAAGAGGAGAUAAGACAGAUCCAAAUAGACAGCAGUCUCCAGUCAAAAGACUUUGCUAAGGACAGAAUUGAUCACUGGUGGGCCAUUUAUUUUAAAAGCCACCCAGACCAAUAUCCUCUUUUUUUUAAAAUGAUUAGUGGCUGCUUAAGUAUUUUUAGUGGGCCCAGAGUAGAGAGCUCCUUCUCAUUUAUGAACAGUUUGAUUACUAAAAAAACAAACAGAAUGGUGUGUCAAACUUAUGAAGCAUUUCAAAAAGUCAGAUAUUUUUUACAAUCAAAACACACAACUUCUCUCAAGUUGUUCCACAGAGAAGAUGUUGCCACAACACCUGUUGAUAAGGCAUUAAUUUUUCAUGUACAGACUGCAUGGACCAGAUAUAAAACUAGACUCCAGGCUCAGCAAGAAGAAAAAAAAUCUAAGUUCUCCCAUCUUAAUGUACAAAAGAUUGUUCAUAGUAAAACAAAUGUACAUGCAUUGGUUGAAAACAUCAAAUCAAAGUUGAAAGCCAGAGCUUUGCCUAAAAAAAGGAAACCUCAUAAUUCAACUCCAACAACUUCAAAAAAGAUAAGAACCAAAUGAUGACUCAGACUCUGUUAUAUUUUUUUUAUAUCAUUGUGGAUACAAUUAAGAUAUAUGUCUUUAUUUGUGGAAUAAAUAAUCUUAUUUUAUAUCAUGCAUAGUGUAAUUAUUAACAUUAUUUAAAGUCUCAUUAUAAAUGUACUGUUUAGUUUUUAAAAAAUAUUCAUCAGCUUCUUUUUUUGAAGCAGCUGCGGUACGCCGCGAGUAGACAAACGCUGGUGUAUAAAAUUUCCUAAAAUUUUUGCAAAGUCAGUUCCCAUCACUGAAUAUUUAAAAGAAACAUUUUCUAAUACUAAAGAGUUUGCCUAUAUGCGUUCUUUUAAGGGAGCAAAAAAGGGCCAGACAUUUUUCAUUAAAUUAGUGGAAGGUCUAAGAAUUUUGAAAGUACCUGCAUUAAGAAAAUGCAAUAUUAUGAUAGAUAAUGCUGUACUGUCGUUUGGCUGUCUCCAUGGUCUUGGGUUCAUGCCCUGCCUGUGGCCAUCCCCCAUCAUCCUAUGGGAGGUUUGGACUAGGAAGUAGAUUAUUUUCUUCUCUGAAGGAACAUUCAAAACAUGUAAAUCAUUUUACAAUGAAAUCCGUUUUCCCAAAUUUAAUUUCUCAUGAUCAGAGAAUGUGUGCAAAGCAACUUUAUAUAUUUAUAAGCAGACUAGAGAAUCUAGCAUUAAUAGUUGGAAGAUGAAGACCUUAGUGCAACCUUAAGAAUAACUACCUGCCAAAUGUAAUCUAAGCAUUAAUAUUAUCAAAGCACUUGCAGCUUGAACUAAUAGGAUUAACAUCAUUUUGAUAGUCUUAGAUUUAAUGCAUAAUUUCUAAAUUUUCUUAUGUUGGCCCACCAAAACUUUUCCUUUACUUUAAGUUUUUGGCUUGUUCCUAAAUAAGUUUGCCUAUCACUGCUCUAAUCAAAUGUAAAAUUUUUUUUGUUAUAAAUCUUACUGCUCUAUUUUACACCUGUUUUACAUAUGUUUUCUGGAGUUGAGGGGUCCCAAACAGAGGAGGCUUUUUCUAAUAUUGGCCUAACUAAGGUUAAAUAGCAUUUGAGUUCUAUGUCCUUUCUUUUAUUUGUAAACAUUUCUUUUAAUAAACCUGAUGCUUUGUUUAAUUCUUUAAAUAAUUUCAUCAAUAUGGGGGUUCCAUGGUAACCUUUCAUUUUUUAUUACACUUAAGAUAUUGUCCCUUUUUAGACUAACUGGUUUACCUUGAAUAAGAUAGGUAUUUGUUUUAGUUUUUCGUUACUCUUAAUAACUGACAUUUUUCUGGGUGGAAAGACAUGCUCCAAUAUGAUUCCCAUUUCUGUAAUUCAUCUAAUUCUCUUUGUAAAAUUUCUAUAUCUUGUGUUGUUUUUAUUGUUUUAUAUAUUAUGCAAUCAUCUGUAAAUAAUCUGAACUAAUGCGAUUUGGUAGGUCAUUUUUAUAAAUUAGAAAAAGUAGAGGGUCUAAAAAUGUUCCUUGAGGCACAUUGUAAAACCAAAUGUUAAUAUUCAAAUUUUAUUGACUUUAGUAAUUAUUUCGAAUAAACCCCCACUAGAUUUAGAUUUAUUAUGAAGAAAUAAUUUAAAAUAUUGGAUUCCUUUAGCAACUAGUUUAACUUUAGGAAGUGCCAUAGCACAGAGACAGCAGUGGUCAGGGUACUAAACGACUUAUUUCACAAUUCCGACAAUUCUUUCCAUGCUGGACUUGUCCGCAGCCUUUGAUACGCUAGACCAUGACAUUAUGAUGGCCAGAUUCUCUGCCACUUUUGGUUUAGCAGGAAUCAUCCUAAAGUGGCUUGGAUCCUACCUGACUGAACGCACCCUAAGUGUCAUUGUUAAUGGGACAGAAUCAACAAGCUUACGCUUGAAAUACGGAGUAUCCCAAGGAUCAGUUCUAGGCCCAGUACUGUUCACUAUGUAUACAUAUCCACUCAGCGGUGUCAUACGUCCAACCGGCAUCUUACACUAUUUCUUUGCUGAUGGCUCACAAUUAUACGAUUCCUCAGUACCCUCAGAGGUGUCGCAUCUGGCAGAGAAAAUCAAUGGUACCGUUGCAAGGGUGAGCAAUUGGAUGGUUGAGAAAAAAAAAAAUACAGAUUAACGAAGACAAGACAGAAAUAAUUAAGAUUGGCACUCGGAACAACGUCUCAUAAGUCAAAAACACAUGUUCUCUUUUUAUCACAAACUGCCAGGUUCCUUAUGUCCAUGUAGUGCGGAAUCUUGGAGUUUUCUUCGACUCAACACAUCUUUCGACCCACACAUAAGUCAGCUCUGCAAGGGUCUUUAUCUGCAGCUGCGCAGAUUAGGCCAGACCCGACCAUAUUUAACAAUGGAGUCAACAAAAACGCUAGCUGUGGCAUUCAUACUCUCCCGCCUUGACUACUGCAACGCCGUGCUAGCAGCUAUAUCUGAUGACAAAAUAGCCAAGCUGCAACAUAUUCAGAACAAUGCCGCCCGAGUAGUCCUUAGAAAAACAAGAUGAGAUUCUGCUACUAUGCUCUUGCACACACUCCAUUGGCUUCCCGUGAAAGCGAGAAUCGAUUACAAGGUCACCACACUUGUCAUCAGUGUGUAUAUAACAAUGAGAUGCCCUUGUACCUUAGCGAACUGAUUACUCCAUAUGUCCCCGAGAGAGACCUGUGCUCAAUGGACUCAACGCUCUUAGUGGUUCCACGUUUCUCCCUCAAAAGCUACGGUCUGCAGGCUUUUUCAGUGCACGGACCAAAGGUUUGGAACUCACUCCCCAUAGAUCUCAGACAGACAACAUGCUACACCACUUUUAAGAAGAACAUUAAGACCUGUUUAAAACUUUUUUAGAUUAAUUGUCAUUUUUGCUGUCAUGUUUGUAAUGUUCAGCGCCUUGAGCCUACAUUUUGUUUGUUAACAGCGCUUUAUAAAUAAAAUUAUUAUUAUUAUUAUUAUUGCUAAUUAUACUAAGGAAUAUUACAGUUUUAUUGGGAUAUAAAAUAUACUAUCUUUUCUUUUCUCUAAUUGUAAAAAAUAGAAUAUUUACAUUUAAAAUUAACUAUUUACAUUCAUAAAUCAAAGAACCUAAUGUAAUGCAUAGAUGCAAUACCGGUAUUAUCAACAGAGAUUUUUUUUUCAUCAUUUAUCCCUCCAUGAAAUCAAAUAAAUUCAAAUCUAUGUUUUCGUUUAGUGUGUGUUUAAUUUUGUGGGCCUUAAGUAAUAUUUACUUAUCCUUCAAUUAAUUUUGCUGGUAAUUUAAAUAAAAACAUUAAACUGACAUGAACCAAAAAACUCAACUAAAACUAUUUACAGCAACUGUGUAGAAAUUGCUAGUUCAAAAUAAACCCAA